ACUUGUACACACAUACAAAUGGCACUCCAAAGUAUAUCAAAAGAAGCGCUUAUAGGAUCCGCUUCCAUUGGGGUGGUCUUUAUCAUAGCAUAUUAUGCUGGGAAACGGAAAUCCACCUUGUCCAAAAUGAGUAUCUCCAAAAGCCACAGUGGAGGUAAAGACAACCCUUUGUUGCAGUAUGUGGUCAGCCACUCACUGAGAGAACAUCCAGCACUCAAGAAGCUGAGACUGAAAACAAUGGAGGAUUCGUGGAAUCGCAUGAUGGUUGCUUCUGAGCAGUCCCAGUUCAUGGCCAAUCUUGCACAAUUAAUCAAAGCCAAGAAAGCCAUUGAGAUUGGAGUGUAUACAGGCUACAAUUCUCUCAGCAUAGCAUUAGCUUUGCCAGAGGAUGGACAAGUCAUAGCCUGUGAUAUCGAUGAGAAGUACCCAAACAUAGGCUUCCCUUUCUGGAAAGAGGCUGGAGUUGAACAUAAAAUAGAUCUUCGUAUACAGCCAGCACUGAAAACACUGGACAGCCUACUGGCUGCCGGAGAAGCAGAAACCUUUGACUUCAUCUUCAUUGAUGCAGACAAAGUGAACUAUGACGGCUACUAUGAGAAAUCUCUUCAGCUGCUACGGAAAGGUGGCAUUAUCGCCAUUGACAACGUUCUGUGGGGUGGGAAGGUCCUGAACCCGGCGGAGGACGACCUGGACACGCUGGCCAUCGACAAGCUGAACAAGAAACUGCUCAGGGACACAAGGAUCAACCUGAGCAUGCUAACAGUGGGAGACGGGCUUACGCUAGCCUUUAAACUGUAAUCUCUCAGGAGGACUGUUAGUGGUUUUAGACGGGUAGGUCCAGUAGUGCUGUGGAGGAUUUGUAAGUCAGACGUCGAUGGACAUACUGAGUCUUUCUGUGGUCAUUUUCGUGAAUGACAUGUCUUCACUUUCAAAACUUCCACACAAUCAAAUCAGUCAGUUGUAUGCUUGUGUAUAGAAACUAGUUUAUAAUGCCACAAUGUUGUUGUUUCUCCCACUGCUUAGGGUUUUAUGUUGGGUCCCAAUUUUUUUUUUUUUUUUUUUGAUCAGGUUCUUAAGAAGUUCUAUCAACUUUCUCCUGUUUUUAAUUUUGAAGAUGUUCUGUCUUACAUUUUUGAGGCUUCUAGUUUUAUGUAUUUGUUGUUCCUGUUAAGGGCAAAAAACUUCCUUCUCUGCUACUCUUGAAACUUUUUAAAUCAAGACAAGACUCAAUCCUGCUGUAGACCUCAUGGUUCACUUUUAUGGUCAUUAAAAUCAUUGUUACUGAU